UGAACAAAGAAGCCCGCACGUUCUUCAACCUGCAGUUACCACCACCUUUUUCAAUGAGAGCAGCAAUUACAGGGAACUCUCUGAGAUUGCUGAACAAGCAUAGAGGAGGGAUGAAGUUUCUAGGCUGAGGGAGUUGCACACUUUGAAAGGCCACGUUGAGUCUAUUGUGAAACUUAAAGGAUUAGAUAUCGACACAAUUCAGCAACAUUACACCGCGUAGAUCAGAAGGCUGCAAAGAGUGGAGAGAGGAUCAUGCGCGCAGUUUGUUGCUAGACUUCACUGACACAGAAGAUGACUAGGUAGAAGUACGCCGUCCUUACAAGUCAAGGACACUUUUGAAUUUCCUAAGCAUUAUAUGAGUCUGUUGAUAAUGAAUCUUUCUCAUUGGGCAACACAUAAGCUGCAGUUACAUGGAGGAUUGUGCAAGAUUUUAUCCAAGAUAUUCUGUAAAGUGUUGAAUAUCUUUCCUGCUCUAGAAGCAGCACCCCCACGUAGUAGGUCAAGAAUCCAGGCAUUGUGUUCUCUGCAUGUGGCACUUGAGAAGGCCAUAAAUCUUUUACAACAUUGCUCAGAGUGUAGCAAACUAUACCUGUGUAAGCUGGACUCCUUCAUUCCUUUUGAAACGAUAUGUCUUGAAGGGUAUUCGUGAUGGCCCCCAUGAGCCAUUUAUCACAGAUUCUGUUGACUUUGUUGUAUCCCAGGUGAAGUCCAUGAUGAAUUUCUCGAUUCCAUUUUGAUCCUGUCUCGAUUCCAUUUAUGUAUAGCAAGUUUUGUAGUAUGAUUUUUCGAAUUGUAUUCUAGCCCGUCUAUGUAGUAAGAAAAUGGAGAAGUGACAAUUUCAAUCUUAAAAUCUUAGUUUCACUUGGACCCAUCAACUUACCUCUCUUCUCUCACAUUACUAUUAACUGACCUACCCUGCUGUGGUGGUGCUACAUAUUUGGAGUUGCUUAUUUAUUCAUCCCUGAUGCUCUAUAUCGAUUUGUUGCACAAGUUCUGGUUAGCAAUGUUUGGAAACAGCCAAACAGGGGUCUGGUUAGAAAAAAAGCAGAAGAAAGAAGAAUUAGUCAAUA